GUUAUGGAGAGCACUACAACUCUUACUAGAGUCUCCAGCCAAAAGGAGAUUGGAGUUUGAAGGUCAGGGAUGACAAAAUGUUGGUUGCCCACCUUAGGGCUAUACCUAGUACUCACCAUACUACUCAAACAUGUAUCUGCUCAGGACACAGUCGACUUGUACAUCAAAUAUUUCCAACCUAAUCCAGCUAUGACAGAUAGUGACAGUUUCAUAGCUGUACAACUUGAAUUAGGAGUCGACCUGCAAGGGGCAGCUACCCUCGAGGGGCCUCAGAAUUAUACACUCAAGCUAUACCUGUCAACUGAUGAUAUAAUAGAUCCAGCAUCAGAUUAUGAGCUUAAUACUGUCCCAGCCUCAUUUUCCCAGAUAGAAGAGACACAUGAGUUCACAGAAUCAGGAUUUCUAGAUCUCUCUGGCACAGGUCUCGGUAUACCAGCUCUGCACCUUGAUGCUUCAACUGAGAAAUACUGUGGGGCUACAUACAUAGGAGUCUUUGUUGAUAAUGGAGGUGGAAUAUAUGAGACACAUGUAGAGAACAACUGGAAUGCACAACCAUUGAAGAUAGUUUGCCCUGGGGAUAUAUUCUCUAUCACUGAUGUAUCUGUUGACUUGGGCACAUAUCAGACUGAGCUGUUCCCCAGUGCCUCCACUCCUGUCACCCUUAAUGCCAAAAUCUGCUUCAUGGACUCUACCAGGGAUUUUCUCCCAGAGGGAGAGAACAACUACAGAAUCAGACUCUUUAUGCACACACACAGUGAUUUCCUCACUGGCAGUCCCCUGGAAGUGACACAACCUGGUGGACCCAUUUUUCCUGUUGGUGUGUCCCCAUUGGACUCUCUAUACAACAGUCAAGUGGUCUUACUAGAUGGUAUGCGCAUGACUAUCAGUGGGGAUAAAUUCGCUGCAGACAACAUGUAUACACACCUUAUUGUGCAUGUGGAUGUUUCCACAGAUUCUGCCACAUUAGAUGACAUACGAGGCAAUAACUUUAGGGCUAUCCCUAUUGUUGUGUCUGGAUUCUUACCAACUCAGCAAGUGGAUUAUCAGGUGCUUGAGUUUGAUGUGGAUCAGGAUACGAUUCUUGCUGAUGGGUCCUUUCUUCCA